CCCUUGCACUUCUACCUUUAUAACCUAAUGAAAUUAUUCAAGCUCAUGCGUUCUUCUUUUUUUCUGCAAGUCUUGUGCACUUCAUUUCCUACCCAACUGGUACAACCACUACUUCUCCUUACAUAUUAUCAAUAAAAUUCAACAAAAACUAUUUUUUAAAAGAAAUACAAAAUCGUAUCAGCGAGUAAAACCAUGGAAGUCUUGAUAGACUGUUAUUUCGACCGUUUAUUUGAAGAACUGGAGCGUGAUUGUUUGGCCUCUCGUCACAAACGUUGUCAGCUCGUCAAGUAUUUUUCUGACGUGAUAAACAGUGUCUCAGAAGCUGAGAAUCUUGAUGCCGACGAUGUGUGCGAGAGGAUUGUAAAAUCGGCCUUACGCUACCACAACAUCAGUAUGUCGGAGAAUGGUUCAAUCUGCCUUCUGGGUAAAUUCCACAAUGUUUUAUAUGUCGCUGCUAAAUUGUGUUAUGACUGGUGUCUCAGUAAUAAUAAUGUCGUAUCACGUUUGUUAAAUGACAUUUACUAUUGUGAAAAAACAUUUGAGAGGAUAUUUGUUGGCGCCAUAUUUGGUGUAAGAGUUACCCAUUUUUUGUCGGGUUGGAAGAGUGAUUUCCAGGAUAGGAACGAGAAUAUCCGGGGGCUUGUGUAUUUCUUGGAUCAUGCUGUUAAAGGCCGAUUAGAGUAUAAAUGUGAAUUGGACUCGAUGAAGCGGAGAUUUAUUGAUGUGCCAAUGGAAUCAUACGGUCAAGUCUUACCCCUGAGAGUCGCUGUUCAGCACGGAGCACCAGACAUUCUUUUGGUUAUGUUGCGUUAUGGAGCAUCUACGGAAUCAGAUAAACUAUCACCGACGCCCUUAGAAAUUCUAUUGGCAAAAUUGAAUGAAUAUGAGACGGAGGAUGAGCCCAAUCGUGUUAUCCCUGAAAAUCUACUGGCCUGCCUAAGGUUACUACUGAGAACUGUUCCAGCUGGCUCGGUGAGAACCCCCAGCCACAUUGAAGAAGUGUGUGGGGUCAAGAGUGUGACAUUGUGGGAGCAAUUUCCCAAUUUGGUGGAGAAAAAUUUCGUGAGGGCCGAUCGGAGUGGAUACUGUCCGGCUGAGUUGAAACAUUUGUGUCGGUGUUGCAUAAGAGAGUGUUUGUUUGAGAAUUGGGCGCUACCGCAUGGGAUAAAAACAUUGCAGAUACCCAGAACACUACAAAAUUAUCUGGAUCUGCUUUAUGACUAAAGGCGAUUAUUAAUCGGCUUCCUCUCUCUCUCUCUUAUUCUCAAAUCUUUACACACGGAGAAAUGUCCUUGUGAAAGACGAGAUUUAAAAACCUAAUUCACGCCAUUCAUCUUAUAAUUCACGAUUUUCACAAACGUCUUCGCGGAAAUUUUGACAUCUCCAAAAUUCUACUUUUUAAAGGCAAAAUUGCACAAUUUCAAUUAAAUCAGUAAGUUUUUUAAAAAUAUGUCGACAUCUAUGAGAGAUAGCACAUUUAUCCUCAUUUUCGUAGAAUGAAAUAAGAUUUACAAAGGUGGUCAUGAGUAAAAACGCAUCUCUCCUCGAUUCCCAGAUAUUGUCAAAAAAAAGACUCACGUGACGGCAUGUUUUUUAUUUUUUAAAAUGCAAAAUUUUUAAUGCCUAUCACGCAUGUACAAUGUCAUAAUUUAUGUUUUUAAAAUCGUCAUUUACGAUCUCAAUAUUAUUUAAUAUUCUUUCUUUUGAACGUAUUAUUUUUGGAAAUAUGGCCGAAUUAAAAAAUUAGGACGCCGCUAAUCGGCAGUCUUUGUGAAAUGCUGUGAUCGUUAAUAUCUUUCAAUAUAAAUAAAAAUAUUGAGAAUUUAAUUCGGUGGUAAACAUGGGUCCAUUUGUUCUACGUCCCUUGCGUAUAUGAAUUAUUACGAAAUUUGAUUUGGUAAAUCUAAUUUGAAAAAAAACCUGUUAUAAGAUUUUUGUAGCGAAUGAGAUAAGGUCUACAACAAAUAUUUUAUAAAUAUUAGAGCUUAAGAAUGCAGAUGUAUAGAUAAGAUGAAAGAAUUAAGUCGAAAUUCAAAGAAAACGCAAGGCUCAUAACGGAGAAAAAAAAGGUCGACUGAACGCGUACAGUCUUCAUUGAAAUUCCGAACCAAUCUAUUUUCGUUAGCAACCAAUCCGAUUCUUCGAUCAAUCUUUUCACGAAAUUGCUACUUUAUCGUACGAAACGUUCAUCUAUUUUUCGGAGAUUAUGUUCGCAAUCGAUUAAACACUUGAAUCAACCAUGCGUGUAUUUUGAUUAAAUAAAAGAGAAUACGAAAAUUAUAUUCAAGAGCGUCCAUACUUUCAUCAAGACUAUCAGCUGGAGUAAUUUCAGACUACAAU